UUGGGCUUUUUGUCCCGCUUUGACUCCCGUAUUUCAAGUGGCAUCGGCGGCGGCAUCGGAUUUCACACCACCACCUCUAUCUUCUUCUUCGUCUUCUUCGGGUUGGUGUCGUUGAAGCGCGCGCGGGCCCGACCUCUUCAACAUAUCAUUCUACAUUUCAACACCUUCGGUUGUUGAUUUGAUAAAACAGUCUAUAACAAACACGGCAAGCGAACGAAACGUGUUGUUGUACGGGGUGCGUUAUCCGCGUCCGCGUGGUUCUGUUGUUGUUACCGAAUGCCAAGAAGUGUUGAUGAAGUUGUAAAGUGAAGAAGCAUGUUUGUUUGACUGCACGCAAAGUUCCUAAGUUGGUUUGUUUCUUGAAGAGAGUGACAAAGUGACCAUGCCGCGACCAUCGCGCGAAUCUUACGGCGACCAGAAGCCCCCGUACUCGUACAUCUCGUUGACUGCGAUGGCCAUCUGGAGUUCGGCGGAGAAGAUGCUACCGCUGAGUGAUAUCUACAAGUUUAUUACGGACCGGUUUCCGUACUAUCGGAAGAAUACGCAGCGCUGGCAAAACUCGUUGCGGCACAACCUUAGCUUCAACGACUGCUUCAUCAAAGUACCGCGCCGGCCGGACAGGCCAGGCAAGGGCGCCUAUUGGGCGCUUCAUCCACAAGCUUUUGACAUGUUCGAGAACGGAUCGCUACUCCGUCGGCGGAAACGCUUCAAACUGCACAAGUCCGACAAGGACAUCCUGAACGAAGAGCUCGCCGCCCUAGCCAACAUCAACCGGAUAUUCCUGGCGCAAAACUCGGGCGGUGUCACCGGAGGACCGGACGUGUACUGUCCCACCAUGGUCGAUCCGAUCCACCAACCCAUGCUACAUUCCCCUAUCGAACCGCACUCACCCGUGCAAGCCGCACCAAUCUCGCCGACCUCAAUCACCGAAACCACCGUCCCGAUGCGACCCAAGCGGGCCUUCACCAUCGAGAGUCUCAUCACCCCAGACCGAGGUCGCCAAACCCCAUCCCUUAAAAAAUCAAACCCCAACAAAUCCUCCGACAAGCUGAACCUCCUCGACGACCAUCCCCGGAUACCGUCCCUGUUGCAGCAACUCCCGACGCUCCCGCCAGCGACCUCCAUCCCGGGAGCCAACAUCCCGCCCUUCUUCCCCUACCACCAUCCGGCCCUGGCCGGUGCCUAUGACCUGCCGUUUCACCCGCUGCUCAUGAUGGCCGCUCCGCACCUCGGAGCCAUCCCGCCGCACUAUUUCCAUCACAGCUCCUAUCACAAUCUAACGUUACACCCGGGAGCCGGUGGGGGAGGAGGCGGCGGCGGAGGAGAUCGAGGGACCACCAGUAAUACCGGAACCGGUUCGACCUCUGGGGCAGCAGCUGGUGGUGGUGCCAACGCAGCUGACUCGUCGUCAGGUCCAACCGACUUGAGCCGGCUAAGCGCAGGGCACGCGCUACGGACGGCGUGAGGAAGGAACCGUGAAAGAGAGACCCGGUAAAAGAGAGAAGGAGGAGGUGUCUGUGACAAAUCACUCUAACUUGCGAUCGAAGGCUGUUUGUUGUUUAGUAACCUAUGUAAAAGUGUGUAUAUUUCGACGUUUUUCUUUCUGUUUUCUAUAUCCGUAAGUGUAAGAUAUAUUCGUGUGUAAUGGAAUCCUAUAAAUGUAUUGUAAACAAGGCGGUGGAUCGAGUGUUCCUUAAACUGGAUUGACAUCAAAGGAUCGAAUGACAAUUUUAGGAGUUUGAUUUUUUCUUCUGAAUUAUGAGUAGUAAUUCGUCUGCGGGUUUGUAGCUCAUCUUGAGCUCAUCAGAACAUACCAGUUCGAAAUGUCAAGCUCAUAUUGGCUUUUAUCCUUUCCGCUCUUCAACGAUCUGCUAGCGCAGAGAAACUUUACAUCAAUUGUGUAAUAUUUUGCUUUUCUCACAAAGGUGAUUUUGAAAAAAUGCCAUUUAGAAUGAAUUAACAUUUUUUUAACAAUUUGUUGAAUUAGGGGUAAAACAGGUGUUCGCCUACUUGAUACAGCAUUUGACGUAUUGAUCACAUUGAAAACUAAAUUAAACGUUUUUUUUUAAAUGAUUUAUUUAAUUAUUUUUUAAAUCAAAUUUACAACUCCAAUACUUCUAACUUACGUGAAAUUUUCCUAGGAUUCUGAAUAUUUCAAAAUUGAGACCAAAAAGUGCCGCUAUGGAAGCCUACAGGGCAAAAAUUAACGUUGUAAAAUGUUUGUUAUAAAAAAAUUGAAAAACUAUGAGAAAAACUGCUAUUGGCCAAAAAGUUUCUACCGUAGGAUUAUAGUCCAUGAAAUUCCCUAUCAUUUGAUCUAUAAGAGUAUGGGUGUUGGAGGCUGUUGCAUAAAGAUAUUAAGGUUUAAAAAAAAUCAAUUUUUAACAGUAAUUUGCAAAAGCUAUGAGAAAAAGUCAAACCAAUCCUGGAUGUCUAUGGCUCAUUUUAAGAUUUUUUAUGGUUUUGGGACCUCAAACUUCGAAGCCCGUUUUACCCCACUUCCCUUUGUCGUAGAAGGCUCAAAUUUGGCAUGAGUUCAUCUCAUGUAUAGACAAACAAACGCUGAAAGUUUCAUUCAAAUCGGAGCACCUCGAUACGACCUGUUACACAUUGGUGAAAAACUCGCUCUUAAGUGUACAUUUAACAUGUUGACAUUGUCAUUUCAAAUCUAAACCUUUCAAAAAAGCUUAAGAAGUUUAAGAACCUUCAGAUUAGUUCAGGGGUGCUCAAAGUUUUUGAAUAGCGGUCCAAAUUAGAAGCUAACAUGAUCUUGCGGGCCAUAUGUGACAAAUAAUUUUUAUUUGAAAUAAAUAAAUUACUAUAUUACAGUUUAUAAAACUAAAAAAAAUUCAGAUAAUUUUUUUUAUUUGCAUGUACUUUUUACAAUUUUGUCAUUUAAAUAUUUAAAAAACAAAACAUGACAUUUUUCCAACAGCUUUUUCAAAUAAAAAAAUUAGGAUAACCACAAAAUCAACAUCUCCAUGAAUCAGUGUACAUGAUUUUCAAUCGCAUGUAUAGCAAUCCUAGUUUUGAAAGAAUUUUCAUUUUGCGUAACAGUAAGUGUAGAUUGAAAUUCAACAAAAGCUUAAAAUAUUUUUAAACUGAUUCAAUCAUGCUAAAAAUUAUCAGCAACGCAGGAAAAUGCACUUCAAAUUGUUUUCAGUCGGUUGCACGUCUAAUUCCAUUAAAAUUUGCAGUUUUUCGAAAAAAAAAACAUGAUUUUUCCUGAUUUUUCGAGCCGUUUAUGAAGGGGCCCCAUAAACUAAAAAGUAUUUCUAGCGACCUAAAGUACAACUAUAAUGGGCCACGUUUGGCCCGCGGGCUAUACAUUAGUCACCCCUGAAUUUGUUCCAACAUCUUUAUUUUUAUUGACCAAUUAUUGGAUUCGAAAUUUUAUAUAUUUUUUUAAUCUGUUUAUUUUGUAAUUCGUGUUGAAUUUCAGAAUGGCAUAUCAACAUAACCAGCUAAAUCAUGUAAUACAUAAGCAUCAGGGUGCCCAGGAAAAAUGACCCCCUGCUCCACAAGCGGAAAACAGUUGUUUAUGUUAUUUUAAGCAUCGAUGCAAAUUUUGAGUGAAAUUGGUUGAGAUUAACCCAUUGAUCCCCGAGCCUAAAGUUGCGAAAAAAAAUUAUUUUCAUACAAAAAUGACUUUUUUAAAUCGCUAAUAACUUUUCAGGAUCAAGUUUUACAGGUUUGGUAUGUUCUACAAAGUUGUAGAGCAUUAAAUUUUCAAUAAGAAUCUCACUUUUGGGAAUAUUUGGAAAGACAUAGCGCACCGUGCAGACCAAACCGUAAGAAAGUGGGAUUUUUCAUACAUUUUUUCGAUUUUUCCCAUACAAACUUCACCUUCAAUUAUCAAUGGGUAAAUGUUGGCAGAUUUUGCUCAUAUUUGGCCCCGAGUUUUAAAAUAGCUCAAGGAAUAAAAUUCAGCUUGUGGAGCGAGGUUUUUAGAAAAAGUCCCAUACUCUGGCCACCCUACUGAAUAUACUACACAUGGAAAUAUGAGGAUGUAAUUUUCUUUUAAAGCAUGAUUUAAAACGUUCAAAACUUCGUUUAAUUUGAUUCAAAAUUCAAGCUUUUGUCAAAUGGCAUCAGUUUAAAACAAAGGACUCGAUUUCCUGUGCACAGCAUUUUUUCAAUUCUUUUUGGGGUCCUAAAGUUCGGAACAAUUGGGUUAGUUGCCACAUUGCGCAGAGCGAUUUAAUUGUUUAUGGGAAUUUUCAUGGGGGAAACAUUUCUUUUUGGGUUUUGAUAUUUAAAAAUUCAACUUUUUCCCAUACUAUGGUUUUGUUAAAUUAUCAAGAAAUGUGUUCAAUAAAUUGAUACCCAGUGUUCUCUUGUUCUAACUAGAUUGUAAUCCAAGCAAGCUUAGUACAAUAGAGAACAGCGGCAUCGGAAUAUGUAGAUCGUACGUAGUUAUUUCAAUAUGUUACCAUUAUAAAAUAUAUCUUAAACCAAAAAUGUACACAAAAUAUAACCGGUGUACCAAAUAUGUAAAUUUCAGUAGUUUUGUUUUUGGACUGAAUCUAAGAUAUUGUCAUGUUCUGUUGAUUAUAAACAUUUUUUUUUUAUUUAAAAUUAUGAUUGAUAGCACUUAGUAGAAAAUUCCAGUAAGUUUUUUUUCAUAAUAAGCUUGUUCUGAGUAUUAAAAGUAAUUUACAAAAAAGAUCAAAAGUUCAUGUUUAAACUAUAAAAUCUCAGAAAUUUGUCAAUACAUAAAAACGGCUGCUUUUAAAAUUUGAUAAAAUCGAUAUUUUUUAACAUAAUUAGUAAAGAAUGCUCCAAUGCAUUUUCUGGAAUUUGAAUUUCACUAAAAUGGUGUUAAUUUUAGGCUGCAAGUUCGAUAAACCAAACAUGAAACAUGCAAUUUUAAUAAUAAAAAGUAAAACCAGCAAAAACAUUCAAAGUUUACAAUAACAGACUAUUCUGCUAGAUAGUAAAGUAAAAUUCCACUACAACUCUAUGAAACCGCAUAAAUUGGUUAUUUUUAUGGGUUGGAUAAUUCCUACAUUAAUAUCUGUUAUUUACGAAUGAAAAAAUAUUUGCUGCCGACUGAAAUUUAUUUUUUAAUCGAGUCUUACCAGAAUAUUGAGCUGGGUUAAAAAAUUAACAUAACUUCGCUAGACUAAGUGCGGUUCAACCGAAUACCCGAAAGAUAUGCUAGACAGAUUCUGGCUACACAUUGACACGUUAUCAAUGAGCGUGACAAUUUUUAGGAAAAUUGAACUUCAUUUCAAGUUCAGCGGGAAAAAAUCAACGAACAUUAUAUGCAUUAGUUCAGGGACACAAAAUCAACAUUAAUUCUAUUCGAAAGUGUUAUUUGAAUACAAAAAAAAACAGUUUUUAAGUGACCCAAUCAGUCCUUAAAGUUUCGUACAAAUUGAACAUGGAGCAAAAUUUGGUUGGUUAGUUUGCUUUCUUUUUACUUUAUGAAAUCAUGUCAUAAAAUCAACCAAAUAUUUGUUUGAUGAACCUGUAUGCAUGAUUUGGAAAUUACUAUCAAGUCUCAAUUAAAUAUUAAUUGCAUGAAACAUAAAGGUCAUUUCUGGAAUUUAAGAAUUUAAAUCACAAUCCUUUCAAAAUACAUUGUUCCAAAGUUUAAAAUUGAGGAAUUGGAUAAAAGAGUUGUGGAACUCAAUUUUUGCAACAAAAAAAAAGAUAUCGAUUUAGUUAAGAACCACUCGAUCCGCUGCAGCUACUGCUGCGAUAAUCCCUCAAGUUUUCGCAGACGGAACUGAAACUGUAGAAAGAUAAGUAAACCAAACGGAUACGUAAUAGGUAUUGAAGGAGUAUUAAUAACAUGCAAUGUGAAUCUUUAGAAGUAAGCAAACCCCCCAAUCGGUGUACAGAUUACAGAAUAAGUGUUUAUUUAUCUAGAUGGAAGAAAGAUAGAGAGGGAUGCGAGAAUUUUGUUCGAUUUACUGUAAAUUUGAGGCAAUCAGAGCUAAAGAAGGUUUGAACUGGCCCCAAUAAUGACGGACACAAGUUACUAACUGCGAAUUCUGUUUUUUCGUGAUCAAAUUCGUAUACACUACUAUGUAAAACACGCCAAUAGCACAAUUCAACGUUCGGAUGAGCAUUCUAAAUAUAUAUAAAAUGUAUGGAAAACUAAA